CUGUAGCCUCCUGGAGAGAGAAACAGUAUCGCGACUGGAAGUGAGGGACGCUGAUCCAGAAGAAAACCUCCUGGAGGGUUUUUUUCAUCUCUGAAGAGAGUCCAUCUGAGGUCCAGACACCCUCCCCGGGCCCUGGACACCGAGGCAGAGGAUGCAGGCCCCCCUGGCUGGCGCCCCUGUCAUGACAGGAGAUGGUCACGAACAGUGAGUCUCCAUUACCCUGCUACGCAGCCAAGAGUGGCUUUGUGGCCACCAUCUUCGGCACCAGCAUCGGGAAGCUGCAGCAGCACUUGCACAAGGGCGAGUACUACAUGUUCAGGUCCACCCUGAUGUUUGAGAGCGACUUUGUCCAGAUCACCAAGAGCGGGGAGCUCAUAGAUGUGCACAACCACAUGAACUUGAUGACCAUGGGCGUGGCCUGCACCAGCCCCAUCCUCCCGAUCCCGACCCAGAUCCCCGAUGUCGUGCUCCUGGCCCGGCAGGCCACCAGCUGUGAACAGUGCCACAGCCAGGCCCCCAAGAGGAAAAAAUGCAAGGCGGAGGAGCCCCUGGAGCUCACCAGGCUCCUCCCCUUGAAGUUUGUUAAGAUCUCCGUUCACGACCGCAAGAAACAGCAGCUUCACCUGAAGUUCGCCACAGGCCGCUCUUUCUACCUGCAGCUGCGUGGCCCCCUGGAUGCGUGCGAAGACCUCUUCACCUGCUGGGAGAGCCUCAUUGACCUCCUGCAGCCGCCCUUUGAAAGUAUCAGCGGCACCUACGCCACCCCGGCCGAGGACAUUCUCUGCCUGCCUGCACUGGCCGACGCUGACAGGGCCAGCCUGGCCGCCUCGGACGCCCACAGCAGAGACUACUGGGACCAGGUCAGCAUCCAUAGUGUCCACUCGGACCUCGAGGUGACCGGGGCCACCUCAGACGACCACGGCAGAGACUACUGGGACCAGGUCAGCAUCCGGAGUGUCCACUCGGACCCCAAGGUGACCCGGGCCACCUCUGCUGCUUAUGCCAGUGGGGAGGGAGACCAGCCCAGCUCUCGUACAUCCACCGGCACUCCCAAAGUGUACACCCCAAAAACAAGAUCCGGGGGGUCUGCUGAAGAGUCAGCACCAGGGACAAAAAGAGAGGCGGCGGCAGCUCGGGUGGCAUCAGGCGUGCCAAGUGUGGAAGCUAGCCAGGAGAACACAGCCCUGCCUGAGGCCGCCUUUAUAGGGGAAGGAGGAAGCAAAAGCCCCGUGGCAGGCCCCGGAGGUGCAAAGGCCGGACAGCAGGGCACCCCCAAGGCCAGCAAGGCCUCCCGCAAAGAGCACAGGGAAAGGAAGGAGAGGAGGGAGGACAGACCCCUCAGUAGGAGUUCCUAUCACCGCAGGACACGCGAAGGUCACCACAAGACAGAGGGGGACAAGAUGGCCCAGAAGUCGUCCAGCCGGUCCUCGUCAGGCCACAGGACACACAGAGUCAAUAAAAAUGAAGGCGGCCACCUCAGAGCCAAGAGCAGCAGGCACAGCCACAGUCCCAAAGGCCUCAGCCACACCCGCCUUGAGAAGGAGCCCAGGAGCUCGAACAAAUCCAGGAGGAGCUUAUCUGCCGUGAGCUCGGAGUCCACGCCCAAGAGACUCAGCAGGUUCAGCUCUUUCCUGGAGAACAUCAGGGCCAACCUCGGCAUGAAGGGGGCGGCCUCACUGCAUGGUGGCAAGGUGGACACGGUGCCCAAGAGGGUGGAAGAGACCGACCUGGAGGCCACGGCGGAGAUGGCAGAGUUUGGCCAGGGAGUAGAAGUCGAUUCUGAGACAUCUAUGGUCAAGAAGAAAGUGACAUUUAGAAGCCCAUUACCCAGCACCCACAGCCAGAAGCCACAAAGGGCCCCAGGAGCACCCCAACAGAGCCUACUCUAGCUUUCUUUUUUUGGGUGAAAUAAAGAGCUAUUCAACCUGA